GUUAUAUCCGUGGUUGGCUGUUUGAAUUUGGAAAAUGGCAGCUGAUGAUUCCCUUCCAGAGAUACUGGAAGUAUUCGAAGAAUGCCAACUUAACCACUUAGCUCAUGAUCGUCUUUGCGUUAAGCUGAAGAAUAUCUAUGAUAACACACGUUUCUCAGUGUUUGCUGAUGACUUCCUUGAGCUUUGUCGAUACAGUUUGGUGUCUGCUGAACGGUCGUUAUAUCGUGAACGGACAAUUGAUUUCAUUACAAAGUUUGCAUUAUUUUGUGGAAAAGAUUCGAAUGAGGAUGGCGUUCUAAAUACAAUACAUAAUCGUAUCUUACUAAGGCUUAUAAUAUUCUGCAUUAAAUACAAUGAAUGUCCAAAUCCUGCUGUACGAUUUCGAUGUAUGCAAAUCAUUCACAAAUUAUUAGAUGGUAUCGGUGAUAACGGAAUAUUACCUGGUGAAAUCUAUACAAAAUUACAAGAUGUAUUACUACGUCGUGUUUAUGAUGUGAAGGUUUCUGUACGUGUUGAAGCUAUUAAAGCUAUAUCACGUAUGCAAGAUCCUAAUGAUGCACAAUGUAGUGUAGUAGAAGCUUUCAUGUGGCUUACUCGACAUGAUCCAACAGCUGAAGUGAGACGUGCUGCUGCAGCCGCAAUGGUGUUGACAACACGAACAUUAGGCCAUCUUCUUGAACGAUGCCGUGAUGUAGCGGAUAAUGUUCGUCGUACUGCAUAUAAAAUACUAGCGGAUCGAAGUAUCAUACGACCUUUAUCAAUUGCCAAGCGUAUACGUAUCCUACAAGACGGUUUAUCAGAUAGAUCAGAGGAUGUUCGUAAAGCCACGAAAGCGCUAAUUUUAUCCUGGUUCAAUGCUUCAAAUAGAGAUCCAAUCCUAUUGUUACAUCGUCUCGAUCCAGAAUGUGAAGCAGAGACAUGUCAAAAAGUGUUAGACAAUUUAUUUGAUAUUUUGUCCUUGGAUGAGUUGCUUAAAGUUGUACAAAAUUGGGCGGCCACCUAUUUAACUUCUGAUCAUGUAUUGAAAUCAGAUUGUCUUACACCAGAUUCAGCAUUCUUCUGGCGAGCACUAAUUCAAUUUACACGUAAGAAAGAGGCAGAAGUCAAUGAAUUACUUGUUAACAGUAGUGUGGUACAUCAUGAAAACGAGGAAGUUGAUGAUCAGAAUCCUGUUGAACAGAUAGCUGAAUUAAUACAACCGUCAGUUUGUAUUUAUGUUGAUUUUGCCAAGAAUAUUGUUGACAAAUUUUUACAAUCUGCAGCUGAUCAGCAGAAAGAUGUCAAGGUGUUUGAUGAAGAAUGUAUUGUAGAACAAAUCUUAAUUAUUGGAGGUUUACUUGACAUUAGUGAAGAAUAUGGCCGACGACGUCUUCUCUCAGUGGUUCAUGAUUGGAUAACAAGUCAACAGGUUUCUGCAAAUUUAGCCCCACAAUUGCUGAAAUUAUAUGCCAUCUUAGAACCGAAUGUGCGACGUCGUGUAAACAAUGUCAUCGAGAUGAUCAGUGAAUUGUGUGAACCAACGGAACCAGACGAGCCGUUACCCGCACCACCAGUAACAACUUCCGAUGGCGCAACAAUUAAUGAAGAUUGUGUAUCAAAUGAAGAAAACGAACCCCGUGCAAUUCAAACGGCUAUAUCAAAGAAAAAGGAGAUUAAUAUACGUUUGAAGAUUGCUAGUCUUGAAGUUCGUAUGAAUGAAAUCAAUGAAUCCUUGCAUAAUUGUGUUACACGUAAAGAAUUUGAACGUGCUACUGAACUGCGUGAUGAGUGUAAAAGAUUAGAGGCGGAACGAUCACAGUUGUUACAUGAAUUACAUGGAACUGUCCUUCCUGCUGUGACAGAGAACACUGCCCCGUCAGAUGGUGAACAGAAAGUAUCUGUUACUACUAAUAGGUCUGAUAAUAAUUCCGGUACCAGUGUGAAACGUGAUGUCGAUGGUAAUAGUGUUGGCAAUGGGAGUAAAAAUUAUAUGCAGAAAGAAGAGGAAGUGGAGGACGACGAAGCAGAAGAAGAUGCUGAACCUGAAGAUGACGAUCCAAUCAAGCGUUGUUCCCCAGUUGUUUUACACAAAGCAAAUAGAUUGGCUGCUUUACUUAUCCAGCAAUCACCUACACUAUGGACUCUACCUGCUUCAUUACGUUCAUUAUUAGAUACACUGGUAUGUUCUUCUUUUUAA